UCCACCAGUAUAUAAGGAAUAUCGGUAGAAGUUAAUCAUAGUAUUUUUUUCCGAAGCAUUACAAUAUAACUCAGAUCGAAUGAAUAUAACAACAUUACACUCAAACAUUUUAUCCCGGCCAGGUCCGGCAAAAGCCAAACACGAAGCCAAAGUCCUCAGCGACUUGAGUCAAGACGAAGGGAUCUUUCAGAUCCGAGAAAGAGAGCAGAUUUCUGCCGAAUAGUUAGGCGUUUAACUGCCAAGAUUCGACACAAGAAGACCCCCGUUUUAAAACAGGACUCUUCUAAACCAUGUACGGACCGGACGACAGUAAAUCGGAGCAACAAAAUGGCUAUAGUGCCACAGGCUGUAUGGGCAGAGCCCCAAGAAACCUGGACGAACUCGUGGACUUGUUGGACUUCAGAAUUCCUGGAGGAGAAGGAACAGUCUUUGGAUUGGGAUUUGAAACAGAUAUUACCCACGACAUCCAACACUUCAAUGACUUCACUACGUUUGGACCAAAAAUCAAGUGGCCCAUUUGACAAAGAGUGGAAUGACAUGACCAUGGAUAUGACCAAUUUUAAAGAAAUAAAAAAAGAAAGUCUUUCCUUAGAAGAUAUGAACUUCCCAUUGGACAUCGACAUGCCAGUCGAUGCCCAUAACAUGUCUGAGGAUGACUUCCUUGAUAGCUUCAUGGAUCUUUCAGAAUUCCUGAUACCAGAACAACCAUUAGAGGAAAUGGAGGAGGUACAGAAUGUUAUACACAUAGAACCCUUAUCCAAUCCUUCUUUUGUGGUUGAACCAGUACCAGAGGAAUCAAUCAUCUGUGAAGAAGUGGUAUCUCCAGUGUCAGUGAAGCGUGAAAUUGAUGACAUAGACUGGCAGCCAAACAGUGAUCAUGACUAUGUCACCAAGAAACCACGCCUCUCUCCUUCACCUGAUACUGAUGUAGAAACCACUAAAAUUGCAUCCACUUCUACAUCAAAGAGCAUCAAUAGGAAAGUCGCUCCAGAUCAAAAGUACCGUGAGAGAAGAAACAAGAAUAAUGUUGCAUCUAGACGAUCAAGAGAAACCAGAAAGAUGAAAUUUGUUGAAAUGGAAGAUGAAGCAAACCGUUUGGUUGUUGUAAAUGCAGAACUAAGAGAAAAAAUAGCAGAAAUGGAAAUAUUGGCUAAAGACAUGAAAGCUUUGCUCGUACAAAAAUUAGCAGCAAAAUAAUGAAAACAGAUAUUUUAUUGCAAGAACUGAAUGAGUUACGGUACUUUUGUAUCUUGAGAUCUGUUUGUUGUGGUUUAACAUGUUUUGUUUCAUUGUGAAAUAGUCAUGAAAUCAUGUAAGAUUGUGUAGUAGAUAAAGAUUGAAAACGUAAGAAAAAAUUGUCAAGUAAUCAGCACAGUUUAACUUGUAUGUAUUAUAGAAGGUUGUUUGUUUGUUUGUUUGUAAAAUUACCUGUAUUGUAGGUAUAUUUAUUUGUGAAAAAAAAUAUGAAGAAGACAAUUUAAAUAUAUAAAAAAAAGAUUUAAUACUAUUAUAUAAGAAAAGAUUUAAGUGUAGAGAAACACUCAGAAUUUGGCCUCAUGCAUCAGAUGGUCAUCAUGUACAAACACAUUAAUGAUUCUCUAUAAUUCAUUGUACAGUACAUAUUUGUAUGGAAAAAAAAUAGAAAAUGAAAAAAAGUUAAAUCUUAAAAGGUAAAAAGAAAUAAAAAAUAUAAAGAUUAUAUUAUUUUUGUUAACAUCAUAUGUGUAGAGAAUAUUUUUUGCAUCAUCAUGAUUUAGAUUUGUGUUGUCAUUUGAUUUAUAAAGAAAGGAUUCUUAUGGCAGACAUAUGUUAAAAAUGCCUAAAUCCUAUGUUGUUAGAGUAGUCGUUAUCAUUUUGUUAAGUUUUUGUUGCCAUAUGUUGCAAAUUUAUUCUAGGUUUUAAAUUUAAUUAUGUUGCAUUCAGUAAUAUUUAAAAGUUUAUUUUAUAGUAUGUUAAUCACUUGGAAUCAACCUUGAAGAAAAUAUUUGUUCAAGGGUACAUACAACCUACUUAAUUAUUUAUGAAAUUUUCUACAAAUGAAUUUAGAUUGAAUGAAAAUUUUAAAUGAGGUCAGUUUAUCACAGUUUAUCACACAAUAAGUUUAUAGACCAUUUGAUUAAAGAAAAUUUACUUCUUAAUAAAAUCUUGCUUUCAUUGCAUACAUGUAAAUAUAUACAUUGUAACUAUGGCACUCAGGAAUAAUGUAAUGAAACAUGGUCAAUGGGAGAUUACUCUAAAGUACAAAUAAAAGGUAUUUGUGGCCAUGAUCAUAUUUACAUAUGGUACAAUUAAUUAUUUAUUAAUUACCUAUAUUGGUAAUAGACUCUAUCUUGUUACAAUGUAAUGGCAGGUUAUUUUUUUAUACAUUUCUAAGAUUUAUUUAUCAUUGAAAAUUGAAUAAAAAUGUUAAAUAUA